CGGCCUGUUGUCCUUAUUUCACGUUUCAUUUAUAUCCCUAAUCAGGCGGACGUUUUCCACGCGUAUCAAGUCGUGCGUGCAAACAAAGUUCCAGCGGAGAAUAUAAUUACCUUCGCUUACGACGACAUUGCAAACAAUCCCAAAAACCCUUUUCCAGGCAAGGUGUUCCAUGACUACGAGCACGAAGAUGUUUACAAGGGUGUGAUAAUUGACUACCGUGCAGAUGAAGUAACACCGGAUAACUUUCUGAAAGUAUUGAAAGGAGAUAAGGAUCUUGAAGCCAAGGGGAAGAAAUUGCUGAAAAGCGGACCUGAUGACAACGUUUUCAUUUUCUUCUCUGGCCACGGUUCCUAUCGCUCUAUCGGAUUCCCAAACGAUAUAGUAAGUUUAGUUAAUAUUGUCUACGUGACAACUUCAUCCAACGAAAAGGAAGACAGCUGGUCAACUUUUUGUAUGGACAAGCGAUUCGAUAUUUGUCUUGCGAACGAAUACACGUAUGCCUGGAUUACAGAUUCGGAAUACAAAGACAUGAAAAAGCGUUCUCUGGAUCAACAGUACGAGGAGGUAAAAAAGAGGACAACGCACAGCCACGUGAUGAAAUACGGUGAGAUGGGGAUGGGAAAACUCCCUGUUGGAAAAUUCCAGGGUCAUUAUGAUCUACUGAAAAAACGAAAUGAUAGGUCAAUUACGCCGAAUCCUGUAGAUAGUAAGCCCUCUUACCAGGCGCAGUUGUUUUCAAAGUCUCGGCGAUUGAUGGAGGCCGCAACCGAGGAUGAACAUGAAACCGCUUGGCGAAAGCUGCACCGUGCACUUCAGCUAGGCCACAUCGUUAAGGAAACGUUUCGCGAAAUCGUCAUGGAUGUAAGGACCCAACGUAAGCCAACGUUAAGGGGCUUGUCCAAGAGUGAUGCGCUCGUUUGCUUCGAGGCUUUAUUCGAUCAAUUCAAGACACGCUGCUUCACAGUUCAGCAGGUCCCCGAGGUAGCUCACCACACAGUUCAUCUUAUGGAACUGUGCAAGGCGAGUUACGAGGCCGAAACCCUUAUCGAGUCUGUCCACAACGUGUGCUCC